UGGUCACUUAGAACUGGAGAAGGAAAACUUUCUUGAUAUGAGAGAUGCCAUGCAUAGGUUACAUUCUAUAACAAUCCAUUGGGUUAUUUUUAUCUCAGUGCACGCGGCAUCGGGUGGCCAGUCGCCCGGUCCAGUGCGCUCGUAGCAUAUUCAUGAAUUUUCACGUUUUAGACACAUUAUCAAAUAUUUUCUGCAAUUAAACAAUAUGGGAGAGCUAAAUGAGUGUGCGGUGUGCUCUGCCCCCGCGGAGCAAAAGUGCUCGGGAUGUCAGAACGCGCACUAUUGCUCGCGGGAGCAUCAGAAGCAGGACUGGAGGCAGCACAAGCACCGCUGCACUCCUGCCAGGAUCAAGGUGGACACGAAGUUCGGAAGAUAUCUGGAGGCGACGAGAGAAAUCAAAGCUGGGGAUGUUAUACUGAAAGAAGCGCCGCUUAUAACUGGCCCUGCUCAGGUAACCCCACCGGUAUGUUUGGGAUGUUACAAGCUGCUAGAGGCGGAGAAAACAGUGUCUUGCGCUGAUUGCGGCUGGCCCUUCUGCUCCGAGCCCUGCACCAGGAAUGAAGUCCACAAACCGGAGUGCUUUUAUACUAAAAAUAGGGGCGAAAAGGUGACAAUUUCAACUUUCGGUAUUCCACACCCAAAUUACCAAUGUAUCACCGUUCUCCGCUGCUUGUACCAAAGAGACUACAAUGAGAAGUUAUGGGCAAAGCUGCAAAGCCUGGAGUCGCACUGCGCAGAUCGCAAAGGUACUGACAAGUGGAACAACGACAAGAAGAUGAUCGCAGACUUCAUUGUCAACUUCUUCAAACUAGGCAACACCUUCACCGAUGAAGAGAUCAUGAAGUGCUGUGGCAUUAUUCAGAUCAAUGGUCACGAGGUGCCGCUGUUGGAGCCGGAGUACGUGGCGGUGUUCGAGCGCGUCUCCAUGGCCGAGCACAGCUGCUGCGCUAACUGCAACAAAAGCUUUACCUCCGCAGGAGACAUCAUAUUGUGCGCGGGUGUGAACAUUCCCGCCGGCGGGCACAUCUCUGUGUGCUACACGGACCCGCUGUGGGGCACGGAGGCUCGCAGACACCACCUUGCCGACUCCAAGUUCUUUGAGUGCACUUGCCCCCGCUGCGCCGACGUUACAGAGUUCGGCACCAUGUAUAGCGCUGUCAAAUGCAAGAAGAAGGAUUGCAAGGGUUACCUUCUGCCUGAUACUUUCAUCCUACCGAUAUUGCACAAAACUACGUGUCCGGACCCGGCGACGCGUGGCCUGGACGACAAGAAGUGGAAGUGCGGCAGCUGUGGAGACGCCGUCAGCGACGCCAUUAUUCAGCAGCUGCUGCAGGACAUCGGUCGCGAGCUCAGCGUCAUGCCCAAAGGAGACGCCGACGCCUGCGAGAGGUUCGUAAGCCACUGCGCCAGCUACCUCCACCCGGCGCAUUACUACAUAACGGACGUGAGCCUGGCGCUGGCACAGCUGGUAGGGCAGCAGGAUGCACUGGGCCUCGCUGCUGUCACAGAAGAUCGCCUAAUACUCAAGACGCAACUCUGCAGGAAGCUUGCAGACAUGCUCGAGACGCUGGCACCCGCUGAGACUCGGCUACGCGGUACUCUACUGUUUGAGUUGCAUGCGGCGGUGGCGGAGACUGGCCGCCGGAAGUCUGCGACCGAAGGCCCGCUCGUCAUGCUCGGAUAUAUAACUGAGUCGCGUAAGAUCCUGGAGCAGUCGGCGUGGCUGCUUCGCCACGAGCCGGGUGAACUACCAGAGGGGCAGGUGUGCCGGCAAGCACGCGCUAACAUGCUGCAGCUGGACGACCUCAUUGCCAGGCUGUCUUCCGCGCUGCCCUCGCCCAUAUGAACUUAAUGCACAUUAGCUACAUGUUUAAUAUAGCAUUAAUCUUAUUCUUGACUUCUUUAUUAUAACUUUUAACAUCAUGUUUAAUGGAGUGCUUGUCUU